ACCCGCCCCUCACUCUUUCUUUCACCUCUCUCUUCUCUCUCUCUCUCUCUCUCUCUUGAAUAAGCAGUAGCUUAAAUCUGAGCAUCUAAUUUUCAUCGGAUUAAGCCUAAAAAAACUCCACUGAAUUAUUCAUUAAUAAUGGACUCUUUGCCUGAUGCCAUUGUCCAGUGCAUCCUAUCCAACAUAACCAAUGCAAAAGAUGUGGCUUCUUCUUCUUGUGUAUCAAGACGGUGGAAGGAGUCAAUUCCUUAUCUCAAUAGGCUUGUCUUCACUCGUAACGUUUUUGACAACCUUAAGAAGUACUCUCCUGAUGACAUUGUUCGGCACAUGGUUUCAUCAAUUAUUCGAUUGGAAGAACUUGUUGUAUACUGCCCCUUUACUGGUUCUGGCCUAGCGUCGUGGCUUUCAUUGGCAGGACUUUCUCUACGGAGGCUUGAGCUAAAGAUGGACGACAACCUCAUCGAGCAGAAUGCCGGCUCCAGGAACCCCUCAAAGUUGGACUGUAUCACAGCAGCAAUGAAUUUGGAAUCUUUGAAACUUUGGGGGGUGAAUAUGACACAUUGCCCCAAAUGGGACACUUUCUAUAGGCUUAGAGAUCUUCAAAUUGUUGGUACGGUAACAGAUGACUCCACCCUCUCUGCUGCAUUAAGAGCUUGCCCCAAUUUGAGUAACCUGUUGCUCCUUGGUUGUGAGGGACUGAAAUAUGUUUCUAUUGAGCUUCCUCAGCUGGAGGUGUGCAACCUUGAUUUCAAUGGCUUAGGUAACUGCUCCCUUUAUCUCAAUUGUCCAAAAAUUCAGAAUCUUGAAGUGCAAGGCUGUAGUUGGAUCAGAGUCCUUGAAACUCGAUUACUCCGAAACCUUUCCAUUUCCAACACUUCAGGACGGGUUAAUGGUGUAGUUUUUGGAAAGCUUGUGGCACUUGAGUCUUUGGAGAUGAGAGGAGUUCAAUGGUGUUGGGAUGCAGUAAACGAAAUGCUUCGAUUGUCAAGUGAAGUCAAACAUCUCUUCAUGAAGGUGGAAUUCACUGGUGAUUCUGAUUCCCUUCAGCCAUUUCCAGAGAUCGACUUUGUUGAUUUCUUUAACAGCCACCCCAAGCUAACAAAAUUUGACAUCCAUGGCGCCAUGUUUGCUGCGCUUUGCCAGAGAAACAGUUUGAAAAAUGUGGACUACAGAUUUAUGAUCCCUUGCCUUGAGGAGGUUGUAGUCACCGUGAGAUCGCCACUGAAUGCUGAACAGAAAAUGAGUACACUCGAGUCUUUAAUCCAGUAUGGAAAGAAGCUGAAGAAGCUGAGAAUAAAAAUUCUUCAGAUGAAGAGCAGCCAUAGCAGUACAGAUGAUUUUUUUGAGGAAAUUUGCAGAUUCACACGUAUGAAUCGCAGGAUUGUUUCAAUCGAAUAAUGAUUGAAAAUUUUCCCUUUCCCCCCUUUUCCUUGGGUUUCUUUUCAUGGGAGGAGGGAUCCUUCUUCUGUUGAUUUUGAUAGGAACAUUCUUGGACCAUUUCCUUGUAAGUUCCAACAAGUUUGUACUUUGAUUUAUGUAGCUUAUAAUUUUUAACCAGACUAGGGGCUCAAACUGCCUUGCAUUUUUAACCGGACUAGAGGUAAUUGUUAUGUACUUGGAGAAAACCAUUGAUGAGUUGCUUACUUCAUAUAAGGAAAUGGGAUGAUUGCUUUUCUAGAAAUUGAGAUGCAUACUUUUCAA